AAACGGCCUUAGCGACAGUAACUAAGGGGCGGGGCGAGACGCCGUGACAUCGCGAGAACACUCCGCGGGAUCCCGCAGCGCUCCUGUAUCUCAGCCUGAAGAGCUCCGAGACCAGAAUCCAGACUCAGUCCAGGACAACACGGUCCACCAGUCACAGCGGAGACCUGCAGGACGAUGGAGAACCAGAACCCGGACCGCAGGAGCCAAACAGCAGCCUCGUGCUCUGAUAGCACCGAUGUUCAGAAACAGAGAGGAAGACAUAGACUCAAAUGUCACCGCUGUCAGCACUGUGACAAAUCCUUCACAACAUCUGGAUAUUUAAAGAUUCAUCAGAGACUUCACACCGGAGAGAAACUGUACAGCUGUGACCAGUGUGAGAAAGCUUUCGCUACAUCUGGUCAACUUAAAAUCCACCUACGUGUUCACACUGGAGAAAAAGCGCACAGCUGUGACCAGUGUGAGAAAGCUUUCACUACAUCAGGUCAACUGAAAAUCCACCUACGUGUUCACACUGGAGAAAAAGCGCACCGCUGUGACCAGUGUGGAAAAGCUUUCACUCAACCAGGUCAACUUAAAAUCCACCAACGUGUUCACACUGGAGAGAAACCAUACAGCUGUGACCAGUGUGGGAAAGCUUUCAGUACAACAGGCCACCUAAAAAGCCACCAACGUGUUCACACUGGAGAGAAACCAUAUUGCUGUGACAUAUGUGGAAAGGCUUUCACUCGAUCAGAUCACAUUAACAAACACAGACGUGUUCACACUGGAGAGAAACCCUACUGGUGUGAACAAUGUGGGAAAACUUUCGGUCGGUUUGAUAAGUUAGAAAAACACAGACGUCUUCACACUGGAGAAAAGCCGUAUUGGUGUGAACAAUGUGGGAAAACUUUCCGUGGGGCUGAUAAGUUAGAAGUCCACCGCCGUGUUCACACUGGAGAGAAACCGUACUGGUGUGAACAAUGUGGGAAAAGUUUUGCUCAAUCAGGUAACCUAAAAGCCCACCGACGUGUUCACACUGGAGAGAAACCGUACAGCUGUGACCAAUGUGGGAAAGCGUUUAAAGAGCGUCGUACACUUAGAAGCCACAAACUCAUUCACACCACAUCGUUGUGAAUUCUUUUUUAAAGUCAAGUUAGCCGUUUCCUCAUGCUUAUCCUCCCUGUGUCCCGUGCAAGAGAGUGAAAGACUAGAGUACCACUCAGCAUAGCUGCCACAGAGGUUGCGGUGUAGAUAUUAUCUAGAUAUUUUCUACGUUACAUUAGCAUGUAGCUGACGCAGUUAGCCAAAGCUUAUAACUUACGCUUACAACUGCUAUAUAUGUCAGAGGUUGCACGCUUCUGGAGCAACUAGGGGUG